GUUUGUAAACACACAUCUCAGCGAAUCGGCAAUCCGCUAUCGAUAGUCGGCGAUAUAAAAUAUAUUUUAUAAUUUAUGCUUAAAUCUUAAUACUCAAGUGUAAUAUGUGUUAAGUCACUUAAGACUUGAUUCUUAUGAUAGUAAAUAGUAAUAUGCAAUUCUAUGAUUUCUGUGAUGAUCAUAAUAAUACUAUAAAUCACUGAAAAAAAAUCCAUGUUAAAAGUGUUAAGUAGUGAUACACUAUCGUUUUUAUUUAAAACAAGCUUCGUAGGAGUAUAAACGGGAGAUUAUUUCUGUCGUCACGUUCGUCAUUGGAUUUAAAAAGUUUUGGUCUUGGACUUCAAUCUAUAUUGAUUUCAAGUAAUUUAAACCUGUAGUUGACUCGAUUAUUUUGUAAUUGCUGUAAGACCUAAAUAUUAUGUCAAAACGUUUUCGUUUUAAGUAUUACAUUAUUCAAGCUACAUUAGUGAAGCGCUAUAAGAUUUGAAUAAUUUAUUUUUCAAUAAUUGGAUACUUGUGUAUUAAAAAAACGUAAAAAAAAAAAACAAAUCUUUAUCAUGGAUGAAGAUAAAAAUGGAGUUCUCGAACCAUCUGAUAAACGUAAAAUUGACGAUGACAUUGUUAAUUCUAAACCCAACACUAAAAGAAUCAAACUAGUGCGACCUGUGUUUUCUGCUCUGUCUAAACCAGCUGCUACAUCAAAUGAAACGGCCAAACCUAAUGUAGACUUGUCUGAAUCUUGUAAAACAACCAUUUCAACAGAAAAGCCUUCACAGUUAACCGUAGCUGCAGAAUCAAACGACAUAACUGUCUCCUCGAUCCAACCUGAAUCUAACAAAUCAUCAGAUACGAAUGAAGUCACUUUGAUUGAAGACGAAAAAAUUAAGUAUGAUAAGGAUUUAGAAGAUUUAAAAGGAUUUAGUGACGAAACGAAAAAACAAUUAGAGCAAUUAAAGAAAACAAUUUUUAAAAUUGAAGAUGAUGGCUCAUCUUCAGAAAAUGAUGGUCAACCAAAACGUCCAAGAUUAAAACGACCUACAUUUAUUUUAUCAACCACUGAAAAAAAGGAACCUUGUGAUGACAUCAAUGAGAGUAAAACUGAAAUUAUUUCUAACCCCAUCACGGCAAGUAGUAAGGAAAUAGAAAAAACUUCAAUUAAAGGUUCAAAUGAUGAAAAAAUAAAAGAAAUAAAUAAUGACAAACUAUCAAAUUCAAUAACAGCUAAUGAAGUAAAUGUAAACAAUUUAUCAGAAAAAUUUUGUAUGACUGAAUCAAAACCUGUUGUGGACAAUGAAAUGCAUCCAGAAACAGUAAUCUUGAGUAAUGUCAAAGAACAUACAGACGCCAAAAAUAAUCAAGUAAGUACUGAUGCCGAAAGGGAUAUCAAGAAAGUAGAUGAAAUAGUUGAUAAAGUAAAAAUAUAUGAUAAAAAAAUUGAAGUUGAAUGUAUCAAUGAUACAGUUGAGGAUGAACUUCCAAAAGAAAAGAAAAAAUUAGUUGAAGUAGUUAAAAAAAAUAUUGUUAAGAUUGAAGCAUCUAAUCAAGUUACACACGAAAAUGUAGACUGCGAUGAAAAGUUAAAUGAAAUAAUUGACGAGGAAAUUUCAGAACAAAAAGAUAUUACUUUCAAGACGGGUGAAAAAAAUAAAAUUGAUAAGAUAGUUAGUAAUAUGGAAGAAGAAGAUGAAAAUGAGUGUGAAAUCACACAUAUUGAAAAUAAUCAUCAAGAAAAACAUAUAUUUACUACAGAAGAUAAGGUUUCAGACGAUACAACUCAUUUACUAAAUGUUUCCAAUGAUAUAAUAGAAAAGCAAGAAGUUACACAAUCUUCUAUUAAGGAUGAAAAUAAAUGCAAAAUUAAUAAAAAUAAUUUACUAACAAAACAAACUGAAAUAAAUAUGAAGAUGGAAGUAGAAGAACAGUGCGAGGAAAAUAAAUCGGAGCUUUAUAUGACAUCUGACAUUCUUAAAGCAGCUCUUACAUCAAAAAAGUUACUUGAGCCAGUACAAAAUACAUCUAAAGUUUGCGAUAUAAAGUUUGAAGAAGAACUCAAGACAGUCAAAAAUGAUAACUCUGACAUUUUGCCAAAAAUUGGUGAAGAAGCUAUUAUUAAUAAAAUUGAAAUCAGCCUUACUAAUAUAACAAAAUCACAACCUUUGAAUCUAAAUAUUUUGCCAGUCGCACAUAUAAACAAUAAGGCAUCAAGUUCUAGUUCUUUAAAUGAAAUUGACAAAAAUAGUGAACCUCCAAAAUGGGGCUCAGCUAAAAUGAAUGAAGUGGAAAAGUUUUUAAACGAUUCAAAUGUUACUAUAACACCAAUUUCUACAUCUCCAGAGAAGCCUAAACUCAAUAAAAUAACAUUAAAAUUACCUAAAGUUGGAAAUCCAGAGAUUAAGUCUGACAAUAAAGUUCGUCCAGAUGUGAAAUCUGAACUAUUAAAAAAAAUUACCAAUAAACAAAUAUCUGUUGGGGAUAGUCCAUUGAAAAAUGCUCUUUCUCAACCCUCAAAGCCUUUUAGUGAUUUUGCCACUAUAAAACCUUCUUCUAAGCCCAGUGCUGAAGAAAUUGCAUUAUUAGAACAACAGAUUUUAAACACUCCCAAAAAAAGAGGAAGACCAUCAAAAUUGCUUGCCCAACAAAAACAACUUUUGUUGCAGUAUCAGAUGCAACAACAACACACUCCUGAAGGAAUUGAAGAUGUGAAAAGAAACGAAGAUGAUAAUGUAUUUCAUGUACCUUUGUUUGAUAUGGAUACUAUGAGUAGUGGUAAUAUGUUUGAUUCGUUUGAAGCUUCAACUCCAAAACGAGGUAAAAGUAACAUUAGAGGCAGGGGUAGAGGUAGAGGUCGAGGAGGCCGUGAACGACGGGGACGAGAAGAAACUGAUAUUGAUAAUCAGUCAAAUCGGCAUCAAGUAGAAAUUGAAGAAAACAUUUUUAGUGAAGAAAUGAUUCAAGACGAAGAAACUAAACAAGUAGCCAAGAUGGAAGCUGAACGUGUUCGCAAGGAAGAAGAACGUGAGAGAAAACUUGAGGCAAGAAAAAGGAAAUUAAAAGAGCGAAAUGAUUUAUUAAAAGAAAAAAAGUUAAGAAAAAAAAGAAAAGCUGAAGAAAGAAGACUUCAGUGGCAUGAAAAAAAGAGAUUGAUGCAAGAAGAAAAAGCAAGACAAGCAGAAAUGAAAAAGUCUUUGCCACCUCCCCAGAACUUUGAUGAUGAAACACGUAUGAGUGCUGAUAUCAGUUUGACACAGACACCGUCUAGAAAUUUUAUAAUGGGAGAAGAUGAUCUGUCUAUAAGUGGUACUACAAAUGAUAGUAUUCGAUUGAAAAAAGGAAGAAUGGAAGUCAUUGAUCUUGAAAGUAAUAAAACAUUGACUGUUGAUCAAAUUGCCGAAUACCAAUGGCCUUUAGAAGGUGGAGAGUUGUGCAUGAUUCAAGAACAGAUAUCUAAUUUCUUGGGUGUAAAAUCGUUUAAAAGAAAAUACCCAUUACUUAAACGUAGAAACGUGGAAGCCGAGGAAAGAACAUUUCUAUGUGAUAGUGGACUUGUUGCAGAAACUCUCUGCGAUUUAGGUUUAACAGUUUUAUACAGUUCUGAAGUACUAGACGUUAUGUACGUUGAUUUUCCAGAAAAAUACGAAGAAUUACGGGAAUACAUGAGAGUAAAACACGCUAAAGAACUAUCUAAUCGACAAAAAGCAUUAGUGUCUUUUAAUAUAUCGACUGCUGAUGGAUCAAAAUUGGAUUUACGUGAUCGAGCAAUGGAGGCUGCAGCCAACUGGAAUGCCAAUUUUAAUAAGUCCCGUUCAGAAUCAAGAAAAUGCACAAUGGAUAUGCAAUCUUUUAUUGUACAUUAUCCAAAAAAUAAAUGUAAAAAGAUGGCCAAACCAAAACAAAAAAUUGGCGAUUAUCCUUUGGCAUUACUACCUGGACAAUUCUGUGACUACUACGCCACGUAUUCUAAUCAAGAACUACGUUAUUUACCAAUAAACACAGUUAUGUAUGGUCCUCUAAAGGUAGUGGACAAAGAUUUUCCUAUAUCUUUGAGCAGUCAGUCGGAAUCAGAUGACAGUUCAUCAGACGACUCAAGUGACAGUGAUGAAUCAGUUGACGUGAACAAUAAAUUGACAAAGAACGAUUAUGAAAUGGGACCAAGCGAUAGAAAAGGAGCAGAAUGUAAGCUAUGUAUUGGCAAUUCCGAAAAGAAUAGUAAAGGAACCACCGAACCAUUAAUUCAUUGCUCGAAAUGUUUAUCGAUAUAUCAUCCAACAUGCUUGGAAAUGUCUUUGGAAAUGAUACCACAUAUAAAACGCUACAAUUGGCAGUGCAACGAUUGUAAGUCUUGUGCUCAGUGCAAAGAGGCAGCAGAUGAAGAUAAAAUGCUGUUCUGUGACCUUUGUGAUAGAGGGUAUCAUAUAUAUUGUGUUGGACUUCGUAAAGUUCCAGAAGGUAGAUGGCAUUGUCAAGAAUGUGCUAUGUGCAGCUCGUGUGGCAUUACCGAUCCCGGUCCAGGAGAUUCUAAAUGGUUUUAUGAGUUUAAGAAGGUAGAGAAAAGUGGAACGAAGAUGUACAGCCGCACAUUAUGUACUCCUUGUUCCAGGUUGUGGAAAAAAGGCCAUUACUGCCCUAACUGCAUGCGUUGCUAUUCUAUGAAAAACAUCGAAAGCAUGACACAAUGUAACAGUUGCGAUAGAUACUUACACACAGAAUGUAUCAACAAAAAUGAUUUAAGCAGCCAAGAAGUAUACUGCACCUUGUGUGAAGAAAAAGCUGUGUCCAGGCUCCUCACUACCGUGCCUAGAUCUUUAAUUAAAGUCUGAAAAAAGUCAUAGUUUGUUAAGCUUAAUUAUACAUGCGUGAAAGUAUUAUAUGAAUUAAACUAAAUUUUAUGAAUUUAAAACGCAUGCAUCUAACUAUCUUUUGCUUUUUUUUUAACUUAUAACCCUCAAUUUUUAUAUACUUAUUAUUGCAUUAUAUAUAUUUUUUUUUUCACAUUUUAUGAACAAUAAAUAUUUGUUUGUAUUAUGUAAUCAAUGCACAUUAAAAUUAUCAAUCGGACAUAAAAUAAUUGUAAAAGUUAUAUUUUCAUUAGUUAAUAUAAUAAAAAUAGAAUUUAAAAUUGUAAACAAAUUUGUAAUUUCAUUUUUUGUUUUUUAAGCAUGAACUUUGUAGAAUAUUUGUAGAAAAAUGUAUCGGUUUUAAUAAAAAUAUUCUUAGCGAA